GGCUGUGCGUAGGGUUGUCACAUCCUAACCCGUCCGACGAGGCGGCGGUGUUUGAGACUGACAGCACACUGACAGAACCCCGUCACUACCGUCUGACUGAAUGACCCGGGCCGGUGUAGUGUAACAUGAACUAACAGCAUAUUCACAGGUUGAGGGUUGAACUCCCGUCUGCACCAACUCCCCAGAAAGGAAGCCACGCUAGCCGGGGGGCGAUUCGUUGUCACAAGCUAGCACCCCCCUGUCAAGCUAGCCACUAGGUAGGUAGGUAAGGUUAGCUAGCCCGGUUAGCUGACCAGACUUGUCGUAACACGUAACCCGACAGCUUAAAGCCAGCCAGCUAAUUGGCGAGCCGCUUCGUGCCGUCCUAUGGUCUCACUCCGCUAGCCGUGCUGUGCCAAAAUGUCCACGAUCUCGUUGGAUAAAGAAUUGCAGGAGCGACUAAGGGAAGCGUCUGCCAUCGGAGACAUCGACGAAGUGCGGUCGCUGGUGGCGAGCGGGGCAAAUGUCAAUUCACAGAACGAGAUCAACGGCUGGACGUGUCUGCACUGGGCUUGUAAGAGGAACCAUAAGCACGUAGUGUCCUACUUACUCAGUUGUGGAGCGGACAAAGAGAUCCUCACGGCUAAAGAGGAGCUCGCCUCUCAGCUUACAUCUAAACCAGAGAUUAAGCGACUCUUAGGAGUUGAGGUGGAGGAAGUGCCUGAGGUGAAGGAGUCCAGCUUGCCAAUCAUCCCGAAUUACCUGUCCAACCCGCCCUUCAUGUACUCCAAGAUGGACAACAGGUCAGAGAUCCCCCAAAACCAGCACCUCACGCAGAACGGCUCCAGCGACUGCACCGAAGACACGCAGAGCGACUCGGCCUCGCUCUCCUCCACCGACGAGCUCCAGAAACCCCAGGGCCCGGCUUCCGACGGCGCUGCGCCUCAACCGAGCCCCGUCCUCAAUCACAGGCAGCCUCCGGCGGCCGCCGCCGAAUUCGUUCCCGUGCCCGAGCAAAACGGCGUGUCGCCCAGCACGGCCCCGUCCCACAGCCACACCGCUGUCAACCACACAGUGCCUAUGGACCUCUCAGUCGAGCCUCAUCUGGUCAACCACGCCGACUACCCUCACAUGGUGGCCCACAACGGUAGCGUGAGUUCCCCUCCGCUGGCGUCGCCCCGCCCGGGCCUGACGGGCAGCAGCGGGGGCCAGGUUCAGGCCCCGGUGGCCAGCACCAACCCCACCAUGAGCCGGCAGCAGUCCAUUCCACAGCAGCUGAGCUACAACCAGGCCAACGGGCCCAUGCCAGCGUUCCAGCCUUUCUUUUUCACCAGCACCUUUCCUGUCAAUGUCCAAGAGUUGGUUCUCAAGGUUCGCAUCCAGAACCCGAAUUCACGGGAGAACGACUUCAUCGAGGUGGAGCUGGACCGGCAGGAGCUCACCUACCGCUCCCUCCUGAGAGUCUGCUGCCGUGAGCUGGACAUCAGCGCCGAGCACGUGGAGAAGAUCCGCAAGCUGCCCAACACCUUGCUGAGAAAGGACAAGGACGUGGCUCGGCUGCAGGACUUUCAGGAGCUGGAGGUGGUGCUGGAGAAAGCGGAAGGCCUGUCCCUUUUCUCCGGCUCCGGGGGCCUAGCGGACAGACCCUGCUACAACAUGAAGGCUUCCCGCCUCACUUACUGAAGCCGCAGCGCAUCCGACGACGGGCUUCUGUAGCGUCCCUUCAAGCCACCUCAGCUAGUCGCCCUGCCCAGCUCCUUGGCUCCGGCUUUGUUCCGCUUUUGAUGUUUUGCCGAUACUCCAGCUGGGAUUUGUCCGUUCCACUGUAGCUAUUGUCCUCCUCCUGUCCUCUUCGGGGGGCCUUCAGCUGCUUUAGUGUACCCAAGUCAGUUCCAAGCGAACGCUGAUGCAUGGUAUCCUCGGAAAAAUGUGCAAAGUAUUUGACCCUCUCUCUUUUUUUUUUUUUUUUUCUCCUCCCCUCUUCAUCACGCUCUCCCGCUGCACUUUGUGCCAAGGCUGAAGUGGGUCAGCAGAGAGGAUGUUGGCUUGUCUUCCUAACGGGCUGGACUCUGCAAUCGCCUUAUAAGGACCAGUUUUCAUUCUGGCUGUGGAUUUAAGGAAAACUGGCCACGAGGACGUCAGGAAGGAUUGACAUAACUCUUUCUAAUCAGAUCGUUCGUUGUCAGACCACCAGGGUAGGACAGGGUGCAGCACAGCGGACCACAUGGCAACCCUGGUGUCUGACGACACGAUCAACAGAGUGAUAUCAGACAGUCUUGGUUGUGCACACGCGCUCUUAGCAUAAACCAUAGUGUCUUCUCACAGACAGUAUCUGUUAUUAGCCAAAUUAAAGCAAAGUUUAUCCAUUAUCCUUUAAUAUUUAAGUAUGGGUGGUACAUUUAUUGGCCGCCAACGUAAGGAUCUGUUCAUCUGUUUUGCAAAACUCUCUGGAUGGAGAGAGAGAGAGUUUAGUAAAACUGGUUUUCCUGUUUCUGGAAAUCAUAUAGCUGCACACUGUGGUAAAGGAAUAACACAGGACCUAUGUUGUUUUUUUUAAAUUUGUUUUUUUUUAGCUCUCAGACAUAACACUACAUCGCUUCUUCUUCGUGUUCAGCAGGCGUCAAAUGUGAAGAUUCAUAUUUAAGUUUUCAGUCGUGUUUGGUCCUAGCCGACAGAGCAGAGCCAUAUCUUGCAUUAUCGAGAUAAGUUGUGCGAGAUUUCACGUUAAAAACUAUAAAUCUAGCCUGGUGUUAGAUGCUUUCCGUUGCUGCCAAUUUGUUUAAUGUUAAACAAAAUCGAGACCAAAAAAAAAACAAAAAAAACAACUCAACUGAACUAGCCAGCAAAGACAAUAACGUCACUAACAAACCUAUCACUGCUUUAGAGGAGAAUGUAGCUUUGUUUGAUUUAGAUUUUUUUUUUGAUUCUGGUGGAAAAGUAAAACAUAGAGAUGAGUUAUUUUUUUUAUUUUAUUUUAUUUUUGGGACUUUCCACAGUAGACUUUUUUUUUCCAUGUAAGAGUGGAAGAUCACACCCAAUAUCAACGUGUAACACAAGGCACAGUUUACUAUUCAAGGCCACUCUGAGUUGUUUUUAAACCAUUAUUUCAGAACUAACAUUUGCCUUCGACACUUUUUAUAGCUCGACAAUUUCAAGCAAAGUUCGCUCAGAGUUUGAAGGAAUAUCAACACCGCCUGCAGAGACAUCAUUUGACGAAUAGGCGUAUUAGACGGCGGUGUCGUCUACGCUGCUUAUGUUAACAUAUUACUGGGGCUCCUAUUUAAAGUGCAGUAAGUAGACACUAAAACACGUCUUACAAUCAAUGUCUUACCUUGUGGUGAGAGUUUAACGCUCUGAGUAUACCUGAGCCUCUAAGUCUUUGUUUUAAGUUUGGUUUUUGGUAAUGUGUGUGUGUGUGUGUGUGUUUUAACCAGGUAGGCCUGUUUUGUUGAAGUCCGGGGGGGAAAAAAAACAAUAAAAUAGAAAAAAAAAUAAUAAUCUGCAGUUGCGCAGGAGUUCAUCACUGGUGAUGGAAAGUACCGAAACACUUUUUGUCGGAGUCAAACGUGAAGGAAGGAGGAAUGUGUUUCAGAAGGAAGAGCAGGACAACGUUGAGAGAGAAGUCACGGCACGUGUGAGAAGACAACAAAGCGGACUAUUGUGAACUGAAAGAAACGUUGCGCCUUGGGGGAAGUUUGCUGCUUUUUUUUUUUUUUCCUUUUUUUUUUUUUUGAAAGGAAUUUAGAUUUUUGUGAAAAGCGAUGCCUACGUUGUGCUUGUGGGUUACGCAUUGUUUUAAAAAGACCAGAGUAACAGUCGGAAUUAACCUAUGCAUCCAGAGUCUGAUAUUUUUAUAUACAGUAGGACCUGUAUACAUGUACAAAUAAUCUAAUAAUAGGCACUGUUAACAUGUUGUUUUUGUUCUGGAAACCUCUAACUGUUCUUUGAUAAAGCAUGUUAAAUGAA